AUGUUGCCCCGUGAAGACGAGGAACUGGAUGAAGAAACGCAGAAACGUGUCGAGAAAUAUCCAAGUAUAAUACGGAAAGAAGUCAAAGAGGACGUGAGGGUGAGUUUCAAGGAGAAAGAAUGAAUAAGAUUUGAUGUUUGAAAAAAUUUCGAAUUAUUUUAUUGUGAGCUUCUUUGUAUCUUUUCCUCGAUUGACAACAUAAUUUUUGGCAUCUUUUUUUUAAAACAAUAUGUGGUGUCAUUGAUACUACCUCUCUGUUUUGAAAAAUAAUUUGCUAGUUUGAUUGAUAACGUUUCGUUGAAGCCUAUUGGUCUUGAUAAUGUGAGAAAAAGCAGUAUUCUUGGACUGUUCUUUGCUCUUGCGUAGUUUCUUGAAAAAGAACUGAAAAAAGUCAAAAUUUUCAUUUUGAAUUUUUCCAAAGGAGUAGAAGACUUGCUAACUUGAAACAACACGGAAAACGGUUAUUCUACAACAAGUUUUUCUCGAAAAUCUCAUCGAAAAACUUGAUUUUAGGUGUAUGAUGUGGUUCUGCGGCAACUUGGCGCCGUCAAAAUUGUUUCCAACCAAGUUCACGCAACUUAUGGAGUUCGAUUGACCGUCGGGCCGACCCAUCCCAACAAAAAUGUCACCAUUUUCAGCAAGAUAUCGAAAGGUUGAUAAUUUUGACAACAAAACAUUAAUGGAUAUCAAUUUUGCCAUCACAUAGAUGAGUCUUGUCGACUCUACCAGAAAAAUUAAAAGGGAAAACUUUCAAGGUUCACAUGUGACAUUGUCGAGAAGCCCGAUAAAGUCCUACGGAGUUCCUUUGCUCGUCCAAGAGGUCAACCCUGUCGAUUUCAUGGUUUUCAAAAAGUUCUUACUUGUAAAUCAUCGAAUGGGGUGUUUUUUUAGUUGGUAUUGCAAGUCAAGAAGAUCUGCGACCAACUCCGCGAGUAUGACAAGACCAUGAUCUACUACCUUCACGCCGAUGCGCAUGAUAAUCUUUCUGAAUAUUACUUGUGAGUAUCACAGCUUGGAAGAAAGAAUGGAUGCUCAACAUUUCAAUAAUGACUAUAUUUUUGUAAACUUUAUCAUUUUAGGAGGGAUGAACCUAGCCGCAAUGAACUUUUAAAAGCAACGCAUAACAAGAAGAAAAAGAAGAAGAAGCUUUCCGCCAGGGGUUUCCAUAGUACAUUGACUUUGACUCGAAACAGUCUAAUUCAUCCGCGCCCUCUCCUUGUCACCUGCUGUUUAAUAUUUGUAUGACCUCGUCGGUGAGGGCAAAAAAAGAAGGCGGUCAGACUGUUUCUAGUCCUGUCACAUGUUUUAUGAAUAUCCUUUUCAUUUUGGUUAUCUAUAGAGAAGAAGAUACGAUACAUGGCCGAAUGUGAGGACGGCAUGGGAAAGUUGAUCGAGCGGUUCAACCACCUUACCUUGACAAGUUUUGGAAUGACCCGAUAGUUAGAUCGAAAAAACUCUUGUUCAGAGGACCCAAAAGUUGCAGAGCUACCUAAGUCCGGCCUGAAUCAAGAACAAAAAAACGCCGUUCGUAUGGCUUUGAACCCAGAUCGGAGGAUCGUCUGCAUCCAGGUUCUGGGGAAAAAAUGAAAAAAACAUUCUUUUUGAUUUUUUACAAAACUCCAUCAAAAAAGGGGAUCAUUUCACUAUGAAAUGGUGAUUUUUUGAAAGAAAAAUGUCAGAAAAAUCCUCCCUUCAGUAUAAUAACACAUAAAAUAUAUUAUUUUCAACGGGUCUUAAAAAGUCGAAACAGCACAGGGGCGAUUUUUUUUCGUCUGAAUUCAAGAUAUUGAGAUGUUAUGGAAUAAUCUAUGUUUUCAAAAUUUAAAAACUUCAAAAAUUUGAGAAAAAAAUUAUGAUCCUUAUUGUGAUUUUUUGAUUUCUAGGGACCACCAGGAACGGGAAAAACGCGAACAUUGGCGGAACUGAUUUCCGUUGCCUACAGGGACGGCAAGAAGGUUAGAGAAUAAAAAAAACCCCCUCAAAAGUUGUUGAAAAAUCAAGGUGUUGGUCUGCGCUCCAUCGCACGUCGCUGUGAAGAACGUUCGAAGCGCUACAAUAAACCGAUUUGAAGAACUCGGAUUCAAAUAUAACAAAGCAUUUCUUCGUUAGUUCUCCAUCCGCUCCAAACGAAGUUUUUUUCUUUUCAAUUCAGAAAUCGGCGACUACAACGAUUUGGAAGAAAUGGUCGAGAAGCAUCCCUCUUACGAGAAAAUAUUGGAAAUGGUGCAGUUAAAUUGACUUUCCGAUUAAUUUGUGUUGAAACUUCAGCGCGAUCGUCAAAAGGAAGCUUCGAAGAGGUCGCAAAUUUUCAAAAUAGAGCGUGAUAUCCGCAAACUUCAUAACAGGAUACAGAUGGUGAUGAUCAUAAUAAAAAAAUAUUUCGAAAACGUCAACAAUUUAUCCAACUUUUAUGAAAUUCCCGUUAGUGGACAUGAAAAAUUCAAUCGUGAGUCUUGAACUUCAACAAAACUUACUCUGAUCAUGAGUAUCGUUUUCUGCUGAAAAAAAUUUCUUGAAACCUCCAUUAGCUAUAUAGUCUGUGUACCACGACUUGAAAUUUCACCGAACGACGUUCCGCUGUUCCGCCGCGUGCGUUCGCGAAGCGUCUUUCGAAUCUAGGACACGCUUUCAAUUGAUUGUUAUUGCUGUGGGAGCACAUAAAAGAAGAGUACUUUGAUAGAAGAAAAAAAAAUUAAAAGCGCGAACAAGGAUCGCAAAGGCGCGCAGCGGCACAGCGGAAUGUCGUUUGGCGAAAUUCCAAGUCGUAGUACACAUGCUAUACCCAGAUUUGAAUUGUUUAUCAUUGAAAUGUUUCAGCAAUUGGCGCCUGAACUUCGAGUCUUUUUCUCCACUCUUGGAGCCGGAUUCAUCAUGAGGUUGAAGGACAUUUGGAGCCCAGAUAUUAUAAUAUUAGGUGAGAUCAAGGUGAAAAUCAAUAACCGAAAGUUUGGCCAACAGAUGAAGCUUCGCAGACGACUGAAGCCUCGGUUUGGCCUGUCUUGCACUGCGGGAAACGUUGUGUACUGGCUGGCGACCAUAAACAACUCCCAGCUGUUGUACGCACCAAACAGUGCGGAAAUUGUAUUUUAAAAAGGGAAAAAUAACUUGGAAUCGAAAAUUUAUUCCCCUCCAUUGCAAAGCUUUUAUUUUUAGAGCUAUCCUGGAAAAGUUCAACGUUUCCCUGAUGGAAAGACUCAUGGAGGAGAACGAAGGCAAUAAUUUCAUACUGCUAAAAACGCAAUAUCGCAUGAACUCGUCGAUCAUGGCCUGGUCGUCCAAGAUCUUCUAUAAUGAACAGCUCGUCGCCCACGAAUCCGUCGAGAAUCGAUCUUUGAGGUCAAUCGGUUAAAAAAGUCAAAAAUAUACUUUUUUUUCUCUUCAGAGAUGUUCUUGACAAAAAAUAUCACAGCGACCGAACUUUUGGCCAAGUUGUCAUGUUCAAUACCGACCUGGAUAAGGAAGUGAGCUUCGAAGAAACUAGAGAGACUUCUUGUAGCAAUCCAAGUGAGUUUGGAAAAUUACUGUUGGGUAAAGGAAACUAAAUCGCCGUUUUUUUCGUACCUAAAUUUAUUUUUUUCCUAUGGCAAUGUUGAAAAAGUCUUUGUUUUUUUAUAUAUAAAUAGAAAAUAAACAAAUAGGCGAAGCGUAUCUGGUCGCACUUCACGCCUGGAGAUUGAUUCAGUGCGGAUUGAAUAGUGCCAUAAUCGCUAUAAUUACUCCAUACCGAGGACAGGUUCGACGGAUCUUGGAAAUAGUAGAAGAAAGGAUCAUUUUUCAGAAGUUCACAAUUGCUGGAAUUUUGGCCACCUUCAAGUUAAAUGUCGGCGUUUUUACGAUUGACGAAUUCCAAGGGCAAGAACGUGAUGUGAUCGUCUUCUCGUUCGUAAGGAAUAAUCGUGCGUUCAUUGCAUUUGAAAAUACAUUUAAAAAGCUGUGAGAGCGAGAUUGAUUAGUGAUUUCAUUUUUUAAGCUUCGAAUUUAAGUUCAGGGAAAAUUUGAAGCUUUAAUAAUUGAUAGAAAUAGAUGAAAUUCCCAUUCAGCCCGUGGUUUGGCACACUGUAGGUUUAAAUUGUGCAUACACCGAUCGCGUUUUUUUGGCGAUAUCUACAUUAAUAACGAUUUUUUUUUACGAAAAAAUAGUAUGAAAUCGAAGAAAAACACAAUCAAGAUAUUCAGUGAUACAAAUUCAGUUCUAACGAUCAAGUUUUUGCAAGCGCCAGUAAGUCUUAAAAACUGGCCUAAUUCGAGAAAUCCGUUUUUUACAAGUAAACAAAAAAGAAUACUAUUUUCUGUUAUUUUUGAUCUUUUUAUGUCGAAAAUAGUCGUGUUUGUUUUAUGAAAUAGAAAAAAGGUCAGAAAUGGUCUAGUAAGGCCAGCGGUGACGGCGCAGUGCACCCCGGAUGGGUCCCUGUAGGUCUAAACGGAUGUUAAUUGGAUUCCAGUCAAGACCAUCGGCUUUUUGAACGAUACGCGCCGUGGAAAUGUGGCAAUGACCCGGGCGAAACUGCAGCUUUGCCUUGUUGCCAGCGGAAGAAUGUUGGAAAUGCACGAACAUUAUCAAGAACUUUUCAAGUGAGCAGAAAUAAUGCAAUGAGGAAUAUGAAAUUUUCCAGAGGAUUGAAACAGGGCGGGGGAGUUUUGAAUCCCAACAUCUAUUUCAAAUUGCUCCCCGACAGAGGAGUACUAUCGAAAAAUGUAAGUUUCCCAAUUCUCAAACAAAUAAUAGACUAGACCUUCAGGUUGUCAGCAAAAAGAACCAUUGA